CACUCGUCUCACUCGGUCGCUACGUAGCGACCGGGCUCGAGCCAAAGUUCGGUCGCUGUGUAGCGAUUAAACCUUUCCGAACAUCGAUACGACACCAGUCCAUGCAUUCUCGUCAAACCUUCGAAUGCUAUUGAUGCGGUCAUCAAAUCAGUACCUGAACUAGAAGCCAACCAGUUGCACCAAACAGCUAAUCCAAAGACUCACCAGGAUAUGUGUUCAAUCAAAACGGCGUAUGUCACCAACCAGGAGGACAUUGUCCAUGAAACUAAUUUUCCUGCAUUCUACGAUCAACAAGGAGUCAAUCCCAAUUGGAAUCAUCAUCAAAGAUACUCGGACCAGGAAGAUAUAAAUUUUACAAACCGGAGGUUCUCCAUCCCGUCCAUCUGCGAGUAUCCGAGUUUAGAUGUUGUUUCAAGCCCAAAAAAGAAGCGUUCCGACCCAAACCAAAGCUUGGACAUCAAGAAGGAUCUCUUAUCUUUCCAACAAGCCAAGAAUGGGAAGAAAAGUCCACGGCAAUAUGGAGUUAUGAUCAAUUUCUCAAAACCGGACAAACCAGUUCUGCACUUGCCUUAUUUGGAAGCUGACCGGUUCAAUCAAUUGCAAACCAGACAUUGGCGACCAGGAGAGACAUCUAACCAUUCAGGAGACAAAUCCAAACUUCCAGGAGAGUCAGAGACGUUCUUACAAUGCACCAGCAUCCAUCAGAUUAUUCAGAAUCAAACAAGACCAUACUUGCCAUUUUUGGAGUCAAAAGCCAUCAAUUCUCAACAGCUCUUUUACCAUCAAGAUUGGUACGACUUCUAUACAUAUUUAUUCAGUAAAGAAGUUCCCAAGAAGCUCACUUACAGCCUCAAACCGUCCAGAUACAAAACCAGAAUCAAAUCCCUUGAAGAAAGCCAUUGGAACCAAGAAAUUCUCCUAACGGCUAGUUUAUCGGUUUCCUUGUUUAGUUUUUGUUUCCUUUCUUUUUUGUGACCGUUUGGUCUCUGUCUGAGGUCAUGCUCUAUAUAAGCAGACCCAUUUGUAUACUUUAGAUUCACCUUUCAAUCUUUAAGAAAUAAUAUUCAGUUUAUCUUUUAUCAAAGAAUUUCUUUGCAUAAAAAUCUGUUCUUUAGUUUCUAAGUGUGAGAUACAUUAGAAAGCUAUUGAGUUCGUGGUUCAUAGGUUCUUUGUGUGAUACAGGAGCCUUGAGACACAGAUUGAGAGAGUCAAUCAGCACCCACGGAUUGAGAGAGUCAAUCAUAAUCUAUCCAACAUCAUCUAUCCAUCAUCCAUCUUCAAUCAUCUAUCCAUAAACCAUUCCAUCCCUUUAUCUUUUAGUUUCUAUUCUUAUUUUAAUUAUUCAUAAACUCAUUGUUCUUCAUUGUUUCCAGGUUAGAUUGGAUUAAAAGGAAUAGCAAGUCGGCCAUCUUCACCAUCUUUCCAUCUGGUCUUCUUCCUUACCGAUAAGAUCGACCCAUCGCCCAUCCAUCUCAUCGACCCAGCUUCCCAGCCUGCAACAUUUGGUAUCAGAGCUUAAAGCUCCAAUAUCAGGUGAUAUCAAUCCAUAUCUAUCUAUGUUCUUUUCAUUCCUUGCUAGUUUUCAUUUAUAAAAAAAAAAAUAAAAGACCAAAAAAAAUGUUAUUUGCUUCAAGUUUGAAUUUUUGCAUUUUGUGUUCUUGAGAAAAGAAAAUUAAAAAGAGAAAGAGUUUUGUUAGUUUGAUCCACGAAAUUCCUUUAACAUAUUAGUCUAGUUGUUUGCAUUCAUUUCCCCCAGCUCCCUUUUCCAUAUUUAAUUUUGCAUACCAUAAAAUCUCUCAUUUUGAAUUUUUCUCAUUUAUGUUGCAUCAUUUAAAUUAAAAAAAAAAACAAAUCUCAUAUAUUGUUUCAUGCUCAUUUUGUGCAUACCAUAUAGUAGUUAUAUUGUGCAUUUAAAUAUAUAUAUAUAUAAAAAAACCAUUUAGUCUUUUUUUGCAUUAGUUCAUUUCCUAGUUUCCUUUUUCGAUUUAUUUGCAUUAAAAAAAAAAAGUGUUCUGUGUUUCCAUUAAUCUGAAAACCAAAAUAAAAACUUGUUUCUUUGUUUAUUUUAAAUAUAUUUCGUGCUGCUUCUGAUAUAUUUUAUAAAAAAAAAGAAGAAGGAAUUUUCCAUUCUUGUUUUCAAACUUUUCGAAAAAAAAAAAAAAAUUAAUAAGUUUCCAUUUUGCUCUUUAUUCUUUCCUUUGUUUGUCUAGCCACGAAUUGAUUCUUCUUUUAUCUGUUUGUGCAAGGUAAACAUUAAGAAAAGACAGAAGAGACGCCAUGGAGUAUUACUCAGAAGAAGAAGACUCUGUUGAUUCAAGCCAAUGUUCCGAUAUCGAUGAAACCGACCAAGCAUGGUCCAGUAAGGAGGAUGGCUGUGAAAGAUCGUGUUCUGCUGAUGAAUACUCUAGUUCAGAGUAUGGAGACGACCCUGGUGAAGAAAGUCCUGAACCUAAACCACCAGACCACUCUCAAGGCAACACAAGAUUUUACAAGAAAGGAGGUUGCCGAGAAAACAAAUCAUGGAGCAUUGACACUGAUUCUGAAAUCAGUAUGGGAGAGGAAGAUGAAUGUGAUCCACAUCCUACCCAGGCUUGCAAUCCUCUCAAGAAAUCACUGAUGCCAGCCAGCUAUGGAGUUACUCCAUACAAAGUACCAGGCCGAUCCAAAUCCACAACAGCUAGAAAAGCACAAUCAACACCAGCUGCCACAAAGAAGCAAUCCAGAACAGAACGUGGGAACACACCUGAUUAUCUAGUCUUUUCAGGUUCUAGCAUGGACCCUGGAGUCUAUUUAAGAUGGGAGGAUGAUAUGAAGCAGUGGCUGCGAGCAAAGAACAUCCCAAAGGAAGAUAAGCUAUCAUAUGCCCUUGAUAUGCUUAUUGGAAAAGCUUACACUUGGUGGGAACAAGAAGAUGCCCAGACCUACUACUCUAAUCCAGUACUCAAUUGGGGAGAUCUUAAGGCACGCAUGUAUAAGGAGUUUGUAAGGAAGCUCAGGGCCAGCAACAAAGUUCUCACAAGGUCUAUGUACCAAGAAAAUCGGUGGAGUUCAAUGUCAACACCAAAGGCAAGACCAGCUGCUGAUAAGAGUCACGCCCACUGUCCUGAUCCAAGGAAGUCAUUGUCCACUUCAAAUAAGGCAGAGGAGGUUGAGAAAAUUUCUCCAGGCAAGAAGUAUCAAGGCUGGACAAGCACCACAUCAAAGCACCAUCACCAAGCAACAUCAAGGAAAGAGGUGUCUAGCUUAAAACCAGAAUCUUCUUCUAUGCCUAUGAGUGCUCACGGCCUUAAGCCCAAGAAGGUGACAUCAAGUGUCCCUACACUUCACAAAGGAGCUAUGAGGUCGUCCCAAACAGAGACGUUUCAAGAGAGACCCAUCCCUACACUUUUGAUGGAAUCACAAGGGAUACAAGAAGUAUGUCAAAGGUCCAAAGAAACUUCCAACCAACAAGAGAACAUAAGAAGCCAAGGUAAGUCCUCUAACUCUAAAAAUUUAAAAGAUCAGACAUGUUAUAGAUGUCAUAGACGUGGACACUUUGCUGCUGUUUGUCCAUCUAAGAAAUUGAAAGAAACAUCACUAGGAGAGAAAACUGAAAUAUCAAAAAUAAGUGAUAGUUUAAUUCAGUCUGAUUUGUUGGUUUCCAAUGCUUGUAUAAUGCACUUGUCUAUGCCAAAAAGUGUUAAUACAGGUCCUAAGGAGCAUGAGUCCAUUGAAGAAGAACCACCAGGAGAAAUUAUUGAGAUGGACCAGAAUAAAGCUCAAGACAUAAGGAAACACAUGUUCCUUAAGGAGAUCAAUUCCGAGGCAUCCAUACUGCCCAAUCCGACCAGCACUACACCAGGUAUGAUCCAACAUCAAGAUAUAAUUAGUAAAGCUAAUUUGUGUGUUCAUGGUACAGGAAGCCCAAGUUUGGAACAUAGGAUCCAAAAGAAUAAUGGGGAUAAUAUUUCCAACAAAUGGAGGCAGAAUCCAAGCCAAAGUUAUACAAGAAAGAGUGGACCACAAGAAAGUGAGGCCACGACUGAAUGUACCAGACUUUCUGAGGCCACUCCAAGAGAAGUCCAAGGUCAUGAGAUCAUUCCUGAGCCACUCCACAAUUGGAAGAUAAAACCAGAACCAUUGAUUUUUCUAGAACCAAAACUCAAAGAUUUUGAGACAGGUUUAGGAACUCAGAAGAAGUGCACGGCCCAAGGACAAAGGACACCAGUUCUGAUAUUAGGUACAUCACUUGAUUUAAAUAAAAGAACUGAUAGUCUUGUUCCAUUAAAACUUUCAAAUUCUAGAUUUAAGCACUUGUCUUUGCCAAAGAGUUUUGAUCCAGGGAUAAGACAAGGUGAUGGACGACCAAGCCAUGGUAAAAGGAUGGAAGAGAAACAGGGACAGCACCUGACUUGUCCACAAAACGUUGAAGGAGACGCAAGAAGCAUCAAAAGCAAACAAGCUGCCAAAGAGAAAAACAUCCUUCAACUAGCUAAAACCAUUUGGGGAAAUCUGAACUUUACUUGUCUUAUUUAUAAAUUUUCAAACCCAGAUAUAAUCCACUUGUUUCCUGCCAAAAGUGUUGAAUUUAUUUCAGGGGCAGAGGCUAAGCAUCACAUUGAUGAUCAACGCAAGGAGAUCACAAAGUGUUUACAUGCCAAAAGAAAUAAAGAAGUUGUCAUCAGCAACCUCUUGAUCCUAGACGUUCCAGAAGAUAAGACACCACCCAGCAGAGUGCCAGACCAAAACAGAGGAGUAGCCUUGUCGUUCCUACUCAAAGAAGAGCCACCAGAUGUGCCAUCAAAGAUCAAACCCAUCAAAUACCAAGAUUAUCCAGUUUCGAGGUCGAAACUUUUUCAAGUGAGAGGGUAUGAUGCGGUCAUCAAAUCAGUACCUGAACUAGAAGCCAACCAGUUGCACCAAACAGCUAAUCCAAAGACUCACCAGGAUAUGUGUUCAAUCAAAACGGCGUAUGUCACCAACCAGGAGGACAUUGUCCAUGAAACUAAUUUUCCUGCAUUCUACGAUCAACAAGGAGUCAAUCCCAAUUGGAAUCAUCAUCAAAGAUACUCGGACCAGGAAGAUAUGAAUUUUACAAACCGGAGGUUCUCCAUCCCGUCCAUCUGCGAGUAUCCGAGUUUAGAUGUUGUUUCAAGCCCAAAAAAGAAGCGUUCCGACCCAAACCAAAGCUUGGACAUCAAGAAGGAUCUCUUAUCUUUCCAACAAGCCAAGAAUGGGAAGAAAAGUCCACGGCAAUAUGGAGUUAUGAUCAAUUUCUCAAAACCGGACAAACCAGUUCUGCACUUGCCUUAUUUGGAAGCUGACCGGUUCAAUCAAUUGCAAACCAGACAUUGGCGACCAGGAGAGACAUCUAACCAUUCAGGAGACCAAUCCAAACUUCCAGGAGAGUCAGAGACGUUCUUACAAUGCACCAGCAUCCAUCAGAUUAUUCAGAAUCAAACAAGACCAUACUUGCCAUUUUUGGAGUCAAAAGCCAUCAAUUCUCAACAGCUCUUUUACCAUCAAGAUUGGUACGACUUCUAUACAUAUUUCUUCAGUAAAGAAGUUCCCAAGAAGCUCACUUACAGCCUCAAACCGUCCAGAUACAAAACCAGAAUCAAAUCCCUUGAAGAAAGCCAUUGGAACCAAGAAAUUCUCCUAACGGCUAGUUUAUCGGUUUCCUUGUUUAGUUUUUGUUUCCUUUCUUUUUUGUGACCGUUUGGUCUCUGUCUGAGGUCAUGCUCUAUAUAAGCAGACCCAUUUGUAUACUUUAGAUUCACCUUUCAAUCUUUAAGAAAUAAUAUUCAGUUUAUCUUUUA